AUAGUGCUGUGCCUAAGGAGACUGUAAGCAGCUGCAGCCUUGUAAUUUAAAACCGCUGAAGUUUCCUGAAGGACCAGUACUACUUGGAUUCGCUAUGAGAGAAAGACAUAGUUGCUCAUUCCAAGGUUUUUCUUUAUUCUGAAUGACAAAGAAUAGCAAGGACCAACCUGAGUGCAACCAGACAGAUCUAAAUAGAUGAGCUUGGGGCAUCCUUUUCCUGAACCCAGAGCAAGGAUUCCAAGCACAGACUUGUAUUUAAUCAUAACUGAGCAAUCAGGGCCAGCUGGAUGUCAGGAUGCGAGUGGUUACCCUUUUAAUGCUACUUUGCUUUUGCAAAAUAUCUGAGUGUAGAAAGACAAAAAGCAACAGAGAAAAUGGCAAACCAAACAGAACUAAAAAGACUUCUAGCACAGUUAAACGCUAUGCUCCAGGAUUACCCUGUGAAACAUACAUAUAUCUUAAUGAAAAGUACUUGGACUGCCAAGAGAAGAGGCAGACAUCUGUACUCCCUGCCUGGCCAGAAGACCUCAUACACAUACUGCUGGCAAGAAAUCUUAUCCGUAUACUUAAAAACAAUGCAUUUUCUAAAUUUCAAAAAGUAAAAAGCCUGGAUCUACAGCAGAAUGAAAUAAUAAAAAUCGAGAAUCUAGCAUUUUAUGGUUUAAAGAGACUUACAACUCUGUUACUACAGCACAACAAGAUAAAAGUGCUAUCAGAGGAAGUUUUCAUUCACCUGCCCCUACUAAGUUAUUUGCGGCUAUAUGACAACCCCUGGGACUGUAACUGUGAGCUGGAAUCCCUUGUUACAUUGCUGAAGAUUCCACGCAACAGAAAUUUGGGAAAUUAUGCCAAAUGUGAAACACCAAUAGAAAUGAAAGGCCUAAAACUUAAAACGGUCAGUCCUGAAUUAAUAUGCCAAGAUCGUACGAUGGAACCACAACACAUAGAAGGUCCUAAAGUAACAAGACCAAUAGUAGACUCAUCACUUUGCCAUACAUACCUGUACCCGGUAGCAACACUAGACUGCAGAAGAAAAGAAUUACACAGUGUGCCAACUGACAUUGCUCCAGACAUUGUAAAACUUGAUCUAUCCAACAAUAAAAUAAAACAACUGCAGUCAAGACAGUUUGUAGAUACUCCAAACCUUGAAAUACUUAAUUUGAACAGCAAUGGAAUUGAAUUAAUAGAUCCAGCUGCUUUUUCAGGCUUAAUGAAUCUACAAGAACUUGACUUAUCAAAUAACACACUUUUCUAUAUUCAUUAUGGUGUACUGGAAGACUUAUACUUUCUGAAAAAGCUAUGGCUCAGAGACAAUCCAUGGAGGUGUGAUUACAACAUUCAUUACUUAUUCUACUGGCUAAAACAUCACUAUAAUGUUAACUACAAUGGUCUGGAAUGCAAGUCACCUGAGGAAUAUAAAGGCUGGUUUGUUGGGCGAUAUGUAAGAAGUUAUUAUGAAGAAUGCCCAAAUGAGAAAUUCCAAGUACAAGUAGAUGAAAUGGAAGAUGAUGGACGUGAGAGAAGUAAUGAUCGCUCUUGGCAAACUGAAAAAGCAAGUGUCAGGUUAACAGUAUUAAGUUAAAGUGUUGGGUUCUUUUAAAGGAAGGUUAUUUUCUUUCAGGUUUUUAUUCCAUUUUUUCUGUGCAAUUGAUUACUAAAUUGCCAUGCAAUACAGACCUUCAAACUACUUUUAAUGAGAAAACGUUGUAUGCCAACAAUUGUAGAUAGCAUUUUUACACAGAAUUUUAGAAUAUGUUGUGUAUGCAGCAAGUGGCCAGUCUGAAUGCUGGUUGUUAUGAAUUGUUUCAUCUAGUUGUAUUCCUGGAACAGAAAUAUUAACCAGUGUACAAUUAUAUUUCUAUUACAGGUUUUCCCUCAGUCUUCUGUGGUGACAAUGCUUUAAUAUUCUGCCUUGCAUUAAAGGUCCAUUCUCCUGUG